CCCAGCCCCGGUCCGCGCGGAACAGGAGCCAGAGCGGAGCCGAUCUAGGCGCCCUCGCAGCGCGCCUCCCGGCCCGAGCCGGCCCUGCACGGCGGCGGCGGCGGCGCGUCCUCCGGCGGCGGCAGCGGCGCUCGCAGUGCCUGGAUUCAGCUGUGCUCGGCCAGGUUGGACUGCUGGACCCCUGCCUCCUUACCCCCCACCUUUUCCUGACACUCUAGCAGCCUCAAGUGCUGGUCGUGAGCAGAGGCCUUAGCAGGACGAGGAGGAGGCCGUUGGCGUCAGACCAAUGCUGCGAGGGGUGUGAAAAGAGCCGAGGUCCGUCACUCCGCUGCCAGACCUAGAAAGGAUGGACAUGGAGUGAGGCGGAGGCGCCGCGAACUGCUGACUUACCAGAACGUGUGACGCUGGUGAUUCUUGGGUCGCUGAGGCUGGACAACGUUCAUGGCUCUCGGGUAGAACCCAGCGAAACGGCCAGAAUGAAUUCUAUGGACAGGCACAUCCAGCAGACCAAUGACCGCCUGCAGUGCAUCAAGCAGCACUUACAGAACCCUGCCAACUUCCACAAUGCCGCCACCGAGCUGCUGGACUGGUGUGGAGACCCACGAGCCUUCCAGCGGCCCUUCGAGCAGAGCCUGAUGGGCUGUUUGACGGUGGUCAGUCGGGUGGCAGCUCAGCAAGGGUUCGACCUGGACCUCGGCUACAGACUGCUGGCUGUGUGUGCCGCGAACCGAGACAAGUUCACUCCGAAGUCUGCCGCCCUGCUGUCCUCCUGGUGCGAGGAGCUCGGCCGCCUGCUGCUGCUGCGACAUCAGAAGAGCCGCCAGAGCGACCCCCCCGGGAAACUCCCCAUGCAGCCCCCCCUCAACUCCAUGAGCUCCAUGAAACCCACUCUGUCGCACAGUGAUGGGUCAUUCCCCUACGACCCUGUCCCCUGGCAGCAGAACACCAACCAGCCUCCCGGCUCCCUCUCCGUGGUCACCACGGUGUGGGGAGUGACCAACACAUCCCAGAGCCAGGUCCUCGGGAACCCGAUGGCCAAUGCCAACAACCCCAUGAACCCAGGCGGCAACCCCAUGGCAUCGGGCAUGACCACCAGCAACCCCGGCCUCAACUCCCCCCAGUUCGCUGGGCAGCAGCAGCAGUUCUCGGCCAAGGCGGGUCCCGCACAGCCCUACAUCCAGCAGGGCAUGUACGGCCGGCCCAACUACCCCGGCAGCGGGGGCUUCGGGGCCAGUUACCCCGGGGGUCCUAACGCCCCCGCAAGCAUGGGCAUCCCUCCGCACACCAGGCCACCUGCUGACUUCAGUCAGCCGGCCGCCGCUGCCGCCGCAGCUGCAGUGGCAGCAGCCGCAGCCACGGCCACGGCCACAGCCACUGCCACUGUGGCAGCCUUGCAGGAGACGCAGAAUAAGGAUAUAAACCAAUAUGGACCGGUCUGUUCCUCUUUCCAGAUGGGUCCCACCCAGGCGUAUAACAGCCAAUUCAUGAACCAGCCCGGGCCACGGGGGCCUGCCUCCAUGGGGGGCAGCAUGAACCCUGCAAGCAUGGCGGCUGGCAUGACACCCUCCGGGAUGAGCGGCCCUCCCAUGGGCAUGAACCAGCCCCGGCCGCCCGGCAUCAGCCCCUUUGGCACACAUGGGCAGCGGAUGCCCCAGCAGACCUACCCGGGCCCCCGGCCCCAGUCCCUUCCCAUUCAGAGCAUAAAGAGGCCAUACCCAGGAGAGCCCAACUAUGGAAACCAGCAAUACGGACCAAACAGCCAGUUCCCCACACAGCCAGGCCAGUACCCCACCCCCAACCCCCCACGGCCGCUCACCUCGCCCAACUACCCCGGGCAAAGGAUGCCCAGCCAGCCAAGCACCGGGCAGUACCCGCCCCCCACGGUCAACAUGGGGCAGUAUUACAAGCCGGAGCAGUUUAAUGGACAGAAUAACACCUUCUCGGGAAGCAGCUACAGUAACUACAGCCAAGGGAACGUCAAUAGGCCUCCCAGGCCAGUUCCUGUGGCAAAUUACCCCCACUCGCCUGUUCCAGGGAAUCCCACACCCCCCAUGACCCCUGGGAGCAGCAUCCCCCCAUACCUGUCCCCCAGCCAAGAUGUUAAGCCACCCUUCCCGCCUGACAUCAAGCCAAAUAUGAGUGCUCUGCCACCACCCCCAGCCACCCACAAUGACGAGCUGCGGCUCACGUUCCCCGUGCGGGAUGGCGUGGUGCUGGAGCCCUUCCGCCUUGAGCACAACCUGGCCGUCAGCAACCAUGUCUUUCACCUGCGGCCCACAGUCCACCAGACGCUGAUGUGGAGGUCUGACCUGGAGCUGCAGUUCAAGUGCUACCACCACGAGGACCGGCAGAUGAACACCAACUGGCCGGCCUCGGUGCAGGUCAGUGUGAACGCCACGCCCCUCACCAUCGAGCGCGGCGACAACAAGACCUCCCACAAGCCCCUGCACCUCAAGCACGUGUGCCAGCCCGGCCGCAACACCAUCCAGAUCACCGUCACGGCCUGCUGCUGUUCCCACCUCUUCGUGCUGCAGCUGGUCCACCGGCCGUCCGUGCGCUCCGUGCUGCAAGGCCUCCUCAAGAAGCGCCUCCUGCCCGCUGAGCACUGCAUCACCAAAAUCAAGCGGAACUUCAGCAGCGUGGCAGCCUCGUCAGGCAACACAACCCUCAAUGGGGAAGACGGCGUGGAGCAGACGGCCAUCAAAGUGUCUCUGAAGUGCCCCAUCACAUUCCGGCGCAUCCAGCUGCCUGCUCGAGGUCAUGACUGCAAGCACGUCCAGUGCUUUGACCUGGAAUCAUACCUGCAGCUGAAUUGUGAGAGAGGGACCUGGCGGUGUCCUGUGUGCAAUAAAACUGCUCUGCUGGAGGGCCUGGAGGUGGAUCAGUACAUGUGGGGCAUCCUGAAUGCCAUCCAACACUCCGAGUUCGAAGAGGUCACCAUCGACCCCACGUGCAGCUGGCGGCCAGUGCCCAUCAAGUCGGACCUGCACAUUAAGGAUGACCCUGACGGCAUCCCCUCCAAGCGGUUCAAGACCAUGAGUCCCAGCCAGAUGAUCAUGCCCAACGUCAUGGAGAUGAUCGCAGCCCUGGGCCCUGGCCCGUCCCCCUACCCACUCCCGCCUCCGCCUGGGGCCAACAACUCCAACGACUACAGCAACCAAGGCAACAACUACCAGGGCCACGGCAACUUUGACUUCCCCCAUGGGAAUCCCGGUGGGACGUCCAUGAACGACUUCAUGCAUGGCCCCCCCCAGCUCUCCCACCCGCCAGACAUGCCCAACAACAUGGCUGCCCUGGAGAAGCCCCUCAGCCACCCCAUGCAGGAAACUAUGCCACACGCUGGCAGUUCUGACCAGCCCCAUCCCUCCAUACAACAAGGUUUGCACGUCCCACACCCCAGCAGCCAGUCAGGGCCUCCAUUACAUCACAGUGGGGCUCCUCCUCCUCCUUCCCAGCCUCCCCGGCAACCGCCACAGGCCGCUCCCAGCAACCAUCCACACAGCGACCUGACCUUUAACCCCUCCUCAGCCUUAGAGGGUCAGGCCGGAGCGCAGGGAGCAUCCGACAUGCCGGAGCCUUCGCUGGAUCUCCUGCCAGAACUCACAAAUCCCGACGAGCUCCUCUCGUACCUGGACCCCCCCGACCUGCCGAGCAAUAGUAACGAUGACCUCCUGUCUCUCUUUGAGAACAACUGAAGCCCGCCCUCCGCCGGGGCCACCCCUCCCCACUCCGCUCCCUCCCGUCGUCCCACACACUGUCCCGCUGGGAGCUGGUCCUCAGACCCUCCCCCCUGCCGUGGCCUCAGAGCGGAGGGGCGGAGGGUGCCCUGUGAAGGCUGUGGUCUGGAGCCGGCCGGAAGAUGACCCUGAUGAUGGGAGCGCGGUGAGAGGACACCCGACAGCUUCCUGGUCCCUCCGUGUGCUGACCCCCACGACCUCCAGUGGCCGCCAGGUUCUUCCAGUUUCCAAACUGUAACCCUGCCUCCCUGCUUCCUGGCCCAGAGCCUCCUUCUGUGACUGAGCCCAAAAGAAGCCCCCAGACCCAGGCGGCCGAGCCCUGGGGAGCAGUGACAGUCGGCUGCAGGGAGAACAGCCCGCCCACCACCGUCACCCACCACAGAAAAGCACAAGCCUCUGGGAAAGCCCACUCACGGAGGGGCCACGGUUGCCACUCGACCCCUGACCUCUAGCCAAGAUACCCUGUAGACACUCUGUCUCAGCAAGCAGAGAAGGAGGACACGACCCUGUGUUUGAGAGAGGGUGUGCCGUUCCUGCUUGGGGGCUGGUGGGGAGAGGGUCAGGGCCUCCUCAGAGCCAGGGCAGCACAGCAGGUGGCUCCGCGACCUUUGGGCUCGGCUCGGGCCUGGGAGGGCAGAGAGCGAGUGCCCCGCGGAAAUUAUUGUGCCCUUAGUUGGGGGCGGGGGAAUGCCGCCAGGUGGUCAGUAGGAACGGCAACUUAAAACUGCUCCAAGCCACUCCUGUUUUUGAACAACAGCCUAAAGCUACAAAGUCAUCUGGAGAAGAGAACACUGGACUUGGACAGCAAGCAAACCGAUUCUCCCAUGUGUGCUGUGUCCGCCCUCCUGCUCCUCUCCCACCUCUCCCAGACUGUUAUGUGGGACACCCACUUCCCUCUCUACUGAUUCCCCUUUGUCCCCCGCAGACCAGACGGCCAGGUGGGAUGGUGGAAAGGCACGGGAGAUGCUGGGUCGGGUGUGUGCAGGCUUAGCAGCAGGAACCCGGCAUCGGUAUCUCCAGCCCCCGCUGUCUGGCUGCCGAUGUCCGAGGCUGCUGUGUGUGCUGGGGUGCGCCCACAAGCAUCAAGGGUGUUUGCAUGGCUGCCUCAGGCACCGCGCUUGGCCGCCAGCCGCUCCCCUCUGUGUCCCUCUGCCGUCGAAAGCUCACCCCACACUCCUGCUGGCUCGGACAGAAGCAGCCUCUGGUUUUCCCUCCCACUGGGCCGACUGCUCUGAGUCUCCAGGUAGCUGUGUGUGCUCUGCUCCCUCCACCGCACGGCCUGGGACGCUGCUAGGCCGGCGGCUCACUUGUGUCACGUCUGUAAAUUCGCUGCGCCCUCCCUGCUGCUGCCUGGGUCCUCCCGCUCUCCUGUCCACCUGUGUUCUCAGUCUCCGGCUCCCUGGGGCGGGGCAGGGCGGGGCGGGUGGUCCCAGCACUCCUCCGCCUCUGACCGGGACGGGCCUAGCUGUCGAUUUCCAGUCACUACCAGCGGCCAGCACAAGGUUUCCGGAAGGAAAGCUGCCGUUGUCCGCUCCCACCUUGUUUCCUUUGUCCCGUUGUUGAGGUUUUUUCAAAAAGUGUGGUGUUCAGUAUGCAAAUCGAUUAUUUUAAGAAUUGCUUUUGUAAAUAUCUUUGUGAAUAUUUUAGUAUUGUCUUUGAUAAUCUUCAGCAUUUUCAUGACCUGGUUAUAGCCUUUGCUGGUGUUUUUAAAAUGCCUUGACUCAACGACAAAGACCGAGUCCUUUUUUUAAAAAAAACCACAAAAACAAAAAAGCAACCAGGGCUAUUUGUACCGAUGAAGGGACGAAGCGCAGAGGUGGCUGUGCUGUGAGUUAGAGACCAGGCUGCCCGCUGGGAGAGCCAGGCCCAGGCUGGUGGGACGAGACGCACCAGGGAGCACGCGGCCGUCCUUGCCCAGUGCCCAUAGCCCCGGCUGGUAGGCUGGUGGGUCGGGCGUGUGGGAAUGUUCCGCCCCAGACAGACUUACAGACACCUUCCCUAGAAGUUCCUGCUUCCUGCUGUGUACUUUUCCCCAGAGAGGCCUGGAGUUCGUUCUGGUUCUUGUCGGGGUGUCCCUGCUCUGCUCAGCUGACCUGCCCACAGCUUCCUAGUGCAGGAGGGCACUGCUCCCACAGCCCGGCUCCAGGCACCCCCUCCGCCCUCUCUGGGGAAGCUCGGGCCCCCACCAGCAAGUUCAGCAAAGAGCCUUCCUGAACCGAGGUGCCGAAGCCCGCCUCUGGGACGAACUCUUCCAGAGCGAUUUGGGGGCCCGGCCAGGGAGCGAGGGAGGCAUGAAGGCCCCCGGGGCUGGGAAAGCCCCAGCUGGUGGCAGGUUCCGGGGCAGCCUCCCCCAGCAGGGCAAUUCUGAGCUCAGGAGAUGCUUCCCUGAUCCUGUUUGGAUGACCACUUGGAGCCAUAAGUAACCUCAGCAAAAACGAGGCCUCGGCAAGCCCCGCUCCGCGCCAGGCACGCACCAGGCCACAGCUGCCACUCCACGGACGGACAGGGCGCCGGCGGCCGGCUGGGAGGCCCACGUGCAGGCAAUCACCCCAUCUCCUUGGUUUGAAGCUUUACCCAUGUAUCAUGUUCCCUGUAACCAUUUUAUUUUUUGAGAAAUGUCUAAUACUUUCUCCCUAAUGGAAGCCCUACACCCCCAGAGAGCUACCUGUCUGCUCCCUCCGCCUGACCCACCGGGGCACGGUGAUGUCAGCAGCAGCGACUCAAGCGACGUGUGUACAUAUGUAAAUGAGAAAUAGAGACAUGUUAACAGAUGCAUUCAUUUCCCUCGGAAUGUGUAUUGUUUUUAUUUUACCAAACAAAAGGCUUGGAACUCCAUCUUAACGUGAAAAACUAGAUCCUGUUGUUAGCAUUUGUGAGGUCUCUCUGCAUCUGUCUCACUCUGUAAUAUACUCUGACCCCGUGUGGAAAGGAACUUUCGUUCUGUUUUGUUUUUAUUUUACCUACAUGUACUAUUUAGCUUCAGUGUACUAGUCCUGCCACCUGUGUAUUUUUAGGGUGCUAUGGAAAUAAUGGAAAGAAAUGGGGAUUUCAGAAGAAAAUUGUAACCAAAUUCAUACUUUGUAUAAUUUUUGAUAUCAUGAUCACAGGUGAUUCACACGUACACACACAUAGACACACCCACCGUGCAGCCCGAAGUAACUCCCACAGAAAUCUCCAUCGUCUUUGUACAUCGUGUACAAUGCAGUCAUUUCAUACUUUAAACUGCUCAGAAAAAGUAAUUGUGGUUUCUAGUCUUGCAAAGCUGUAUGUAGUUAGAUGAUGUGACAACUUCUAAUAUUUAUCUAAUAAAUAUGUAUUCAGAUGAAACCUGUA